AUGGAUGAAAGGAUCUUGAAAGCAAUAUUAUGUAGUUGUGCAAGUGCUACAAAAGAUCUUGAAAACUCAAAGGAAUAUAAAACUUUAUUAGAAGAAGAUAAAUUUUUACCAUCUAUUGACAUAUUCAAUGCAUUAUGUUCAUCUUUAACAAAAUUAUUAUCAUAUAAGGUAUCAAAAGAGGCAUACCAACGUUAUACUGUGCGACUCCAUAUAAUUGAUGUUAUACGAAAUUGGUGUAGAAUCAAUGAUGAUUUUCAUAAUUUUGAAAUAUUCAGAGAUGGAAAGAACGUUUCAGAAUUACUUAAAAAUCUAUUGGAGAAAUAUUUAACCGAUGAUGUCUUAGAUAGUUGUGAUUCAAAUGAUAAUUUAUUAGUUUUAACUAAUGCUUUAAUAUGUCUAACAUCUGUAAAUCCUUACUAUAAGAGUCAUGUAGAAAAGUUAUUAUUAAAAGUUGCAGAAUUAGAAACUUGUGAUCAAAGUGAAUACUUAUUGUGCCAUGCUGUGCAAAAAAGUUCUAAUUUAAAUCUGGAACUUUCAACUAUAGAAACCAUAUAUGAGUCACAAAAAUGCAAAUUAAUAGAACAACCAUUAUUAAAUAAUUUCAUGUCAUCGUGUACCAGUUUAAAUAAAGAUGACAUUGUAGACAAUUCGAAGAGUGUAAAUUUGAUAAAUCAAUUAUUUGAAUUUACUAGUCAAUCUUCCUAUAUUUUUCUAUUAGUAUGUGCUUUCUUAAAGGAAUUAUUUGUGCAAUUAGAUCAUGCUCCUACAGUUUUAAAUUUUAUACAAUCAACUUUGAAACAUAUUAAAGAGUACUGUGAAAACCAAGGUAAAAAUAUUUUAGAUCUUUAUCCAAGAAAUUUACAAUCUCUUAUAAUCUUACUGCAAAUAGAACCCACACAUCAUACAGAUAAUUCUAAAAAUGCAACAUUAAGAACAUUGGAAAAUAUUUAUAUUAAUGACGAUGAUACUGUAAUCACAUUAUUGUCACAUUAUCCUCAGUGGCUACAACCAUUUGGACAGCUUUUAAAUUCGAAUGACAUUAACUGA